AGUGUCAAAGCGAUAUUUUACUCAAACGUUAUCCACGCUUCGUGCAUCAAUCAUAGAAAGAACCAAAAAAAAGUUCUCGAGUUCCGAAAGCUUAAAAGCAAACAACAGUGAGAAGAAUAAUCAUUUUUUAGUGAACCAUUUUAACUUCCGAGGACGAAAUGAUAAAAUUUUUGGCCAUAACCGCAUUGUUAGUAGCCUUCGUACAAUGUCAGGAGACGUUAGAAGAAGAGUCACGAGCCGCUAAAUUUGAUGAGCGUAAGGAGAAACGAGGAAUCGCAUUAAAUUUGGGAUCAGGAGUUGAGGGUUACAGUUAUUUAGGUCCAUCGUAUGCACGUGGUGUCAACAGAGUUGGCGCCUACACACCAGGCGCUGAAUACGGUUACGAUGGAGUGAAUUACGGCUAUGGAGCGUCAAACUUCGCUGGUGGAUUCCAAACUGGCUACCAAGGUUACAAUCAACCCAUUGGAAGUUAUCCAUAUCGUGGCAGUUACCCAGGCGCCUAUUCAUUCCAAAGACAGAACUCAGUGCCUGUCAACACAUACCCAUUGGGUGGAAUAGGAACAGUUGGACCUUAUGGCGGAGCUUAUGGAGGAUUUAAUGGAUAUCCCGGAUCGUUAAAUGGUUUAGGUUUUGGCGGUGGAUAUCAACAGCUAGGAUAUCAGCAGCCAGGAUAUCAGCAGCCAGGAUAUGUACAACCAGGCUAUCAAGGAGGCAUCUUUUAGACACGUGCAAUGAACCACAAAAUCCGAAACAUUCCGAACGACCACAGAAAAUUGGUUUUCGAAUGAAAUUUGUUUAAAUUGUCUGCGACUGGAAUUAGCAAAUAAAAUUUUUCACUUUUAUUUAUUAAUUUAUUGAAAAAAAAAUCUUAA